GGCAAAAGGAAGAAUGGUCAAACCAUUACCGGUGGCGCCCAAAACUCUCUCUCUCUCUCUCUAAAAAUCCAUUUCUCUCUCUACAACUUCUGUGAGAUUUCCAAGGUGGAUUUCUUUUCUUCCCCCACACCCUUAAUUUUUGAUUCAAGAAACCAAACCCCAAGCUGUAAUUUGGUGGCUACACUUCAUCAAUGGCGCAGCAGCAACGGUCACAUGUACCACCGUUUGGUAACUGGGAAAACGAAGGGAAUGUUCCAUACACAGUGUUCUUCGACAAGGCCAGAAAAGGCCGAGGCGGCGGGCCAAUCAGAAACCCGAACGAUCCCGAAGAGUAUCCCGACGUGUUCUCCGACAACUCACAUUCCCAUGAGCCUCCUCCUUCCAUGCCCAUGCCUAAAGAUGACCCUCAAACACUUAAACCUACACCUACAGCUCAUGAGAGGAGACGGAGCCGGGAAGAUGGUGCCUCCCGACAACCCUACGCCAACUCCCCCGGCCACCGUGAGAAUCCUGGCCGGAGACAGAGUGGCUCUGAGUACAGCAUUGACCGCUCUCCUCUCCACCGUCAUGCAAAACCUACCGGUCGAGAAAGCCCAGUCGCGGAGGGCAAGAGCCUCGAUGGGGGCCAUGGCAAUCGUGGGAAGACUAGAAUGAAGCCGGUUUUACGCGAUGAUGCUCCAGAAGGGACGGCGGUGCCGAAGUUCGGGKCGUGGGAUGUGAAUAAUCCGGCAUCGGCCGACGGUUUUACGCACAUUUUCGGGAAAGUUCGAGAGGAAAGGAUAGGCCCUGGAACACCACCUGUUGUGCAUUCUUCUUCACCUUACAACAAUGUUCAUAACCAAAAAACCGACCACAAUGCUAAGGGAUGCUGCUUUCCAUGGCUGAGAAAAUAAUGUGUGAUUUAGGGAACAAUUCCAAGCACCCCACGAAGCUCUGUUUCUGAACUCAGUGUGCUGUUUGUUUUUGUAUUUAUUAUAUAUAAAUUUGUUUUUCAUUCAUCUUCAUCUUUUUUUUUCUUUUUUUUCUUUUUUUUUUU